AUGUCGCAUCUUCCAGCGGGCUCCCACAGUGGAGGAGCAGGCGUUUGCUCCCUGGAUUCUGGUAAGAAGUUCAGUGGCCUCAUCUCCGACACUCUCAGGCAAUAUCCGCACUCGCACAAUGUGAUCAGCACGCCGGCCUUCAUCAGAAGCGGCGAUCGUAGGGCCAUCGAAGUGCUGGACCGCACGGGGAGCCUGUCGGCCACGAGGGCUUGCAGGCCUCUGCCUAUGCAGGCGCUUGCAAUUCCUGGCUACCGCGGGCACAUAGCUGGAAAGGUUUCCGAGAACCUCCAUGGCGGCACGUUUGGAUCCGAGAAUCACCUGGCGACGCAGUCUCUUCCUCUGAGGUCUAUGCGCAGGACAUGGUCGGAGCCAUUCCGAGCAGUGAACCACGAUCCCGCGCUGGGGACUGGCAAGGGGCUGGAGGUGCCGUCGCGAAUUCCAGGCUACAGCGGGACAAUUCCGGGCAAGCUGUCUGAGACAGUGCAUGGUAUGCGCUUCGCAGAAGCGAGCGAGUCGGCGCAGGCGCUUCGGACCCACAAUCCGCAGGUGACCAGCGAUGGCUGGCUGAAGCGCGGGGUUUGGCCAGUAGACCGGAUGCACACGUACCAGUGGAAUAACCGCUUCGUACAGACCGGUGGCCAGGCCCUGUUCUCGCCGGCACAAGAUCUCGAGAGCCUUGAGAUGAGCAAGAAGAUGGGCACCACGUUUGGCCUGCACCCGCCGCAGCCCAAUCCGCACAAACCGGGCGACCGGUACAUUCACUCCAAGUUCGAGAAGAAGAAGGAGGCGCGGCUGGAUCCCUCCAAGGUGCCGGCAGCCGGGGCGUGGCCCACUGAGAACUUCUGA